AAAAUCUCAUAAUGGCACCAUCAAGAAGAAAGCAUGCAGGAAAAGCUGGUAAACCAGAAGAGGAAGAUCAAGCCAUACCUGCCUAUGACUUUCAGGAGGAAAGAAAAGAGCUGAGUGGAUCAGAGGAAGAUAUUAGAGAAGGUGAAACACCAGUAAUAGACAAGCAUGGAAAGAAAAGACCUUUGGUGACUACUCAUGUGGUUCCAGAUGAUGUGGGGGGCGAAGUACAGAAUAUGCUGGAAAGAUUUGGAGCUGACAUUAACAAGGCUCUCUUAGCUAAGAGGAAAAGAUUAGAAAUGUAUACAAAAGCCUCGCUCAAAACUAGUAACCAGAAGAUUGAACAUGUUUGGAAAACACAGCAGGAGCAAAGGCAGAAGCUCAAUCAUGAGUUCUCCCAGCAGUUCCUGACUUUAUUUCAGCAAUGGGAUGUAGAUGUGCAGAAAGCAGAGGAGCAGGAAGAAAAACUAGCGAAUAUGUUUCGUCAGCAACAAAAAGUUUUUCAACAGGCAAGAAUAGUUCAAAGUCAGAGACUGAAAACCAUUAAGCAACUCUAUGAGCAAUUCUUAAAGAGCAUGGAAGAGCUGGAGAAGAGCAAUGAAAAUCUUCUAGCUGGUGCACAAAGUGAACUUCGCAAAGAAAUGGCUAUGUUGCAGAAGAAGAUUAUGAUGGACACUCAACAGCAGGAGAUGGCAACUGUUCGCAAGUCUCUUCAGUCCAUGUUAUUCUGAUGGCUCAAUGGAGAAACAACUUGUACCUAAGUAACAUGAUACAAGUAUAGGCAUUAGCCAUAGAGAAGUAUGUUAAGAUUUAAAUGUUUCAAAGUUCCUAUUAAAUGCUUUCAUUAUGCUUGUGUCUGAUAAUGAUUUAAGAAUGUAUAUUAGUAAAUUUAUUACUGGGG